AACUCACAUAUUCAAGGAGCUGCAGCUAUGGCUGAACUGACUCAUAGGUUGCUUGAGCACUGCUCCAAAAAGCGGAUGUGUUUCCUAACGCAUAUGUAAUAAGUGGCUAGUUUUCUGUAUUGCCCUCUCUUCAGGCGCCAUUUUCACACAGGUUACUCGUAACGACACACAAGGAGCUGCUCCAAGAGCCUCUUGGAGCUGGGUGGCAAGGGUUAAGCUCGCCGUCUCUCUGCCAUUGGGCGGUGAGACUACGGCGAGCCAGCCAUCUGCAAGGAAAGCAGCUGUCGCCUUCACGCAAGAGAUGUUAGACAUCAGUAAACGAAAACAGUGUGGAUUCACCCCAAGACUUGUUGAUCUUUUUCCAUGAGAAAAAAAGCGGCGCGAUAUGUGCAUGUCUGGAGAAGAUGAACGAGCUGCUGUGUACUGGCUUAUUUAAACCGUGGCGUCCCUGCGUUUUCACCCAUUUUAAAUGCUUAAUUUCACACCGCUGUCAGCAAUAAGUCUUCGCAAAUUAAGCAGCCCGAAUAGAAUGAAACAGCUCGGAGAACUGCUGGUAACACCGCCUGUCCCAUGGCCAACAUCAUAGGGUAGUCUACGCAAAUAACAACAUGGAUAAACCCUCUGCAGGAAUGAGUAAAGUUGGCUCUCGCUCGACAGCCUCUCUGCCCCCAGAGCCUGUGGAUAUAAUCCGGAGUAUGUCGUGCUACCGGCGUGUCAAACUGAACGUAGGGGGUCUGCCGCAUGAGGUCCUGUGGAGAACCCUGGACCGACUGCCGCGCACACGACUGGGCAAGUUACGAGACUGCAAAACCCACGAAUCACUCAUGGACAUAUGCGACGACUACAACCUAGACGACAACGAGUACUUUUUUGACCGGCACCCUGGGGCUUUCACGUCUAUUCUGAACUUCUACCGCACUGGGAAGUUGCACAUGAUGGAGGAAAUGUGUGCCCUGUCCUUCAGCCAGGAGCUGGACUACUGGGGGGUGGAUGAGAUCUACCUGGAGUCGUGUUGCCAGGCGCGGUACCACCAAAAGAAAGAGCAGAUGAACGAGGAGCUCAAGCGGGAAGCGGAUACAUUGAAGGACCGGGAUGGUGAAGAGUUUGAUAAUACGUGUUGUUCAGAGAAAAGGAAGAAACUAUGGGACCUACUAGAGAAACCAGGCUCGUCUGUAGCAGCCAAGAUCUUGGCCAUCAUUUCUAUCCUAUUCAUUGUACUCUCCACUAUCGCUUUGUCUCUUAACACCCUCCCGGAGCUGCAAGACACAGACGAGUUUGGUCAGACAACUGAUAAUCCUCAGCUGGCCCAUGUGGAGGCAGUGUGCAUCGCAUGGUUCACCAUGGAAUAUCUUCUUCGCUUCCUUUCCUCACCAAACAAAUGGAAAUUUUUUAAAGGUCCCCUCAAUGUCAUCGACUUGCUGGCCAUCCUACCAUAUUAUGUCACCAUAUUCUUGACAGAGUCCAACAAGAGCGUGCUGCAAUUCCAGAACGUACGGCGGGUGGUGCAAAUCUUUCGAAUCAUGCGGAUUUUGCGCAUCCUCAAAUUGGCACGUCAUUCCACUGGGUUGCAGUCACUGGGCUUUACACUGCGUCGAAGUUACAAUGAGCUGGGCCUGCUUAUCCUCUUCUUAGCAAUGGGGAUCAUGAUCUUUUCCAGUCUGGUUUUCUUUGCGGAGAAGGACGAGGAUGACACCAAGUUCAAGAGCAUCCCUGCCUCCUUCUGGUGGGCCACUAUUACUAUGACCACUGUGGGAUAUGGAGACAUUUACCCCAAGACACUUUUGGGUAAGAUUGUUGGUGGGCUUUGCUGCAUAGCCGGAGUUUUAGUCAUUGCCCUACCCAUUCCCAUCAUUGUCAACAACUUUUCUGAAUUCUACAAGGAACAGAAACGGCAAGAGAAGGCCAUCAAGAGACGUGAGGCUCUAGAGCGAGCCAAACGCAAUGGCAGCAUAGUGUCCAUGAAUGUUAGAGAGGCGUUUUCCCGUGGUGCAGAGCUUCUGGAUGUGGUGGUCAUGGACAAGGGUGAGAGAACCCAGGACAACCAUCUCUCACCCAGUCGAUGGAAAUGGUCAUCAAAGAGAGCAACUUCAGAGACCAGUUCCAAUCGUUCCUUCAACCCAGACCAAGGUUCACCGAGCAAGGCGAGAGCUUCCAGUCCACAGAGGCUUAAUGCACAGAAACUAGAAGAGAUGUACAACCAAAUGGCAAAGACUCAGUCACAGCCCAACCUGAACACCAAAGACAGAAAUACAUCUCGAGCAGGCCAUAGAAGGGAUGAAAUUGAGCUGGGAGCCUUGCCAGGUCAAGGAGGUGACCCACUGAAUGGGGGCCGUGAAGGGGUCGUAGACAUGAAAAGUCUGUCAAGCAUUGACAGUUAUAUCAGCUGUGCAACAGACUUCCAAGAAAACCCACGAUUCCCCUACAGUCCGGCAGGGGGUCUGUCACUCCCAGAGAGCUCUCGGUUCUCCCACAGUCCUGGUUCUGGCCUCUCUGGUCGAGUCAGUGCUAAUCCAAGCCUGCAGACCACAUUGGAGCAUGAGACCAUGCUCACGCCACCUUGUUCUGGUGCUAAACCUCUCAACACUGAUGGUUCACGGCAGCAAGGUCUGCUUAUAAACUCUCAGAAAAUCUAUGCGGUUAGGGUGAAUCAUCGCAAUUGUGGGGAGACCAGUCCAUCUGGCGGUCCUCUCUCUGACAGCUCUAUUCUUUCUGACCACUCCAUCCUUAGCCCAGAGGUGUCAGUCUACACAACAGCCAGCAGCAGGACUCCACCUAAGACACCAGAGAAGAAGGCAAUCACCCCUGCAGUCUUCACUUUCCAUGACGCGUCCAUCAGCAAGUACAUCGAUGCAGACACAGAUGACGAGGAACACUUGCGUGAGGGUGGCCCAUCGGAGCGCCUGCUUGGUGGCCUCAGCUCCAAGCCUCGACUCGGUGGUUACCAGGGGACCACCAACCACUUGGAAGCUGCCCAAAGGCUGCUAGGUCAGAACUGCCUAUUCCCACUGGGAAGUAGCCCAAGUGUUGGCCAUGAGAACCAUGUGGCUUCAGAGAACUCACGGAGGCCCAAAGGGGACAGGGGACAUUCCAACGCUUUUGAUAAGGGCCUCUGAGGCCUCAGGGUCAGACUCAAGAAGGGAAAGAAGGCCAAGUUCAGUCAACGACUUUAGAAAAAGCAGAGACUAAUGUACAUUGGAGAAUCAUUUUACAGGCAUCUGACCAGGGGGCCUAUCCUGGUGACUUUAUGCGGGAGAGUUCACUGGAAAACAGUGGUCAUGUUACAUCAUUAAGGGGCAGGAUCUUGAGGAUGUAUCACUGCCUACACCUCUUGCCCUUUAUCCUCUUCUGUAAACAAGCCUGCAUUGGCGCAUCGCAGGGGUAAGAUAAAGCCAGAGCGGAUCUGGCCUAUGGUUGUUUGUGAAAAGAACAGGAUUUAUGCUAAAGCUUAAUUAGCUUGAGGCUGGAAACUUACCAGACAUUUAAACGCAGGUGUGUAUGGUAAAUCAAGGGGGACAGUCCGUCACUGCCCACGUCAGCUAGCCACUGUCCAGAGCCCACCUUAAAGAAUAGCAUUAGAGACAUGUUAUACCCUGUUUACUAGUGCACCCCUCCCCUGUCCCCUAAUAAACUGGCCUUACUUAACUGCAGUUAUGGGUCUGCAUACAGUAUGAGUGUUUGUGUGCAAGCGUAUUUGAUAUAGGGAGGGCUGAUGGUAUGAUAAUGUGCACGUAUAUAACAACCAACAUUCCUGCACACAAGCUCACUCUUCAAAAUAUAUUCACAUGCUGUGUGAUUCUACUUGAUUGAUUUAUUUUUAUAUAGACAUGAAGAUUAUCUGUAGAAAUCUGUCACACAUAUUUCUUGUGUCAUAUCCAUCAGUAUGAGAAUAAAUUGUUUCAUUGGAAGAAACCAAAAUCUGUUUAAAUUUACCUCCCGUCAUGUUCAUUUACUUGUAUGUCAUCUUUUUCUAGUAUGGCAAAGCUUAAAGGGAUAGUUACUCAAAAAAAUGAAAAUUUGCUGUUAAUUUACUUACACUCAGUCCACCCAAGAUGUAGGUGACUUUUUUUCUUUAGUAGAACAGUAAAGCCUGAAAACUGAAACCAUGGUCCUCUGUGAUUCAUAUAUUGGAAGUCAAUGGGUGCCAUCAGAUUCAAAAAAACAUAUGCAUACAAAACAAAAUUAAUACCCGCGUCUCCUGACCAUACAUUGACAUCUUAAAAAGCGAAAUGAUCGUUCUAUGCAACAUUAUUUACAGCAUUAUUACCUGUAAUCCACAUCCUCGGCAAACGGCCCUGAGUGAAUUCACGAUAUUUGCAUAAUGACGUAUGUGCAGGUAUGCCGCGCAUACCUCAUUAUGCAACAGGAAGCUUGCGCUCCGGACGGUUUGCCAAGGCUGUGGAUUAGAGGUAAAAAUGUUGUAAAUAAUGUUCAGUUUCUUGCAUAGACUGAUCAUUUCGCUUCUUAAAACCUCAAUGUGUCAUCAGGAGCCGCGGGUAUUCAUUUUAUUUCGUCUGCAUGUUUUUUUGAAUCUCAAAGUGACGGCACCCAUUGACUUCCAUUAUAUGAAUCAAUGAGGACCACGGUUUAAGCUAAAAAAAAACUUCUUUACUGUUCUACUGAAUAAAAAAAAAAAUCACCUACAUCUUGGAUGGCCUGAGGGUGAGUAAAUUGACAGCAAAUUUUCAUUUUCAAAACUGAAAAUUCUGUCAUUGUUUAGUCUCCUACAUUUCACUUCGGUGUGCAUUUAUUUCUUUUGUAUAACAUAAAAGAAGAUUUUUCUUCUCUUUUUUUUUACAUCCAUUGGGGUCCAGUGUGUUUCUUCUUUUGUGUUCCACAGAUGAAACAAAAGAGGUUUGGAACGAUAUGAGGAUGAGUAAAUGAUGACAGAAUGUUCAUUUUUAAGUUAACUAUACCUUUAUAGUUCAAAAAGUGUUUUUAAGAAAGUUACCGAACAUACACUUCAUGCUGUGCUUACAUGUGCAAUUUCUUUUCUUACAAAAGCUCAUGUUUAUGAUUUCAUAUUAAAAUUACGUAGCACAUGCACAUUGGUAGCCUAAACAGAAGCAACAUUGAGAACGAAUGGACAACACAUACCUCGCCCUGUUAUUACCAGAUAUUGGUAAGCGAUGGAAAUCUAGAAUAAAUCUGACAAAGAAACUAUUGAAAAACUUCAGGUCAAUUCAACAUUUCAGUUAGAUUUACCAGUUUCAUAACAGUGGAUGCUGUUCAAACACAAAUAUUUCUGAAUAUAAGAAUAAAUAUAUAUUUCUAAAGUAUUUUCUAGAUGAUCAUAUGAAAUGAGGGAGAUGGUCUCAUACUUUUGCAUUGCCAGAAUGUUUAUUUUAAAAUAUUUGAUUUAAUAAAAGGUUUUAUAGGACCUUUUGUGUCCUCAAUUGUUAUUCAGGCUCAACAUACACAAUGUGACCAAGAUGACCACCACUUAAUCCCAAACAUUUAUCCUUUUUGAUAGAGAGCUCUGUAAUAAAGUGUGUAACGCAUGCCCAUAUUUAUCUCCAAAUUUGAUAGAAUCCCUUUACACUGCACAAACUUAAUAUCCUUGAAAUAUUUGAUCCUUAUCACCAAUGCAGCCAUCCUCACCAAUUUGUAACCACACACAUCCACAUAGUCCAGCAUGUAUUCACAGGUAUGUAGACGAUGUCCUGAAGACGACUAUAUCCAGUUUCCAUGGUGACCACAAGCCCUCCCUUCUAGCGCUCAUAUUGAAUUUGAAAACUGGGAUAGAGAGGGCUAAAUUAGAUUAAAAAAACAUACUCAAUUGCAUCUGUGUCAACAAAUACCAUCAUUAAAAGUCACACUGUCAGAAUGUACUUGUCUCUUAGAAUAUGUAUGUGUGUGCAUGUGUUAUCUGGGGAGUGCAAAGAUGAUGGGGGGAAACUCGGCCUCUCCCGAGACUUGUGUGUAUGCUUCCAUCCCUGUCUCAACGAUUUUAGCUGAGUUGAAGUGAGGUGUGAACGGAAUACCAAUUUUCUGCAAGAGAGCGGGAGGAGGGUGUGUAUGGGAGGAAAAACUGCAAGUGAGAGGGAUCUUCCCUCUCUGCUCUAUACAGAAUAAUUUAUGAAUGCAACGAUGUAUACUGCUUACUGUAAUGAUAUGGAGAGGAAGCUGCUUUCUGAGUGCUAAGGUCCCUUGCUCCACUUUUGCUCUUUUAUGUGGGUAUUAUAUAAUAUCCAUGAUCUGUCGGGUGUGUGAUCCACAUUCAGUACCCUAUUCAUUCAGUAGAUUCAUACAGAGAGAACAUUAUUGCUAAAAUGUGACCUUACUGAAGCCAUUCAAAACUCUCUUUGCUGUAUCUGUGUUAGGCUGUGCCCUGAGGUCAGUGUCAACCCUGAUUUUUCCGUAAUGAUCCAUGGGUGAAUCUCACAAAGAAAUGUCUGAAAUGUUUUACCCAAAAAUCAAAAGAAAAUAAUUUGUGCAUUUAUUGAAAAUCAUUUUAAGCACAUUUCCCCCCCAACCCCCAUACGUAUUUAUUCUGUAUAUUUGAAUAUAUAUGUGACCGUGCUGGUAAAAUGAGUCACAAUGAGCAAAUUUUCAAAAAUUAGCUCUCAUAUUCUCUAUAAAAAACUUCAAAAUGAUGUAUGAUUUGUUGGAAUCCAACAAAAAAAUGACUGAGCUACACCUGCUUGAAGUCGAUAUAGUCAGCAUAGUCAAUUUUGAGAAAAAUUGAGUUAAAGUUUUCUGAGGGUUCCAAAACAAAAUCACCUUGCAACCAUACCUUAAAAUCCCUGGUAAUAACACCAGAUUUGUCAAAACCCAUAUCUAUCGAAAAAAAAAAUAUAUAUAUAUAUAUAUAUAUUAAAUGUUUUUUUCCAUGAUUCCACAAUUGUUUGAUUAACAUUAAUGAAACAGACAGCCAAUAUAUUAAGACCUAUGGCCUACCAAAUGGAUCUAAUAUAAUGUUACACAUCAGAUGUUUUUCACCAACAGUUAACAAAACAUUCACUUAAGGCAUGAAAGAUAAUUUUUGCAUGAAUACUCGCCAAGACAGAUUUGUUUGAAAUACUGUAAUUCUGUUUAUAUGUGAAUAUCGGGAUCGCACGCUGUCUGAUGUGUCAGUCAGCAUGAUGUGUCAGUCAGCGUGAGUAAGAUCGUUUUCAGCAUUAGUUUGAAAAUCACAUUUCAUUGGUUCAGACUCAUAUCAUCGAGAAUUCGCUAUGAAUAUUCACAAAGUUGGAAUGCUGCGCUUUAAAACGAUACCAAACUUGUGCUGAGGGAAGCGCCAGUCGUCCAGAAGCGAGCAGAGAAAAACGGCAUUUUUCAUGGUCAAAGGAAAGAUAGGCCUACUCCUCUCAGAAAACGUACAAAUAAAGAUACUUUUAAAUGUUUAAUUGCUAUUUGGAGCAUUGGGAUUGGUAGACAAGGUUCAAUUAACUCAUUUUUGUGAAAACGUCAAUUUCGACCAAAAUUGAAUUUUGAAAUUAGCCCAUGCGCAUUCCAACUCAUUUUGCCAGCACGGGUCAUAUAGAGUGAAUUCAGGUUGAAUGGGACACUUUUUGGCAAAAAAGUCUUAAUGGCAAAAAGUGUCCCAAUCACCCUGAAUUCACCCUAUAUAUAUAUAUAUAUAUAUAUAUAUAUGUAUGUAUGAAAACUUGGGGGAAAUGUGCUUGUCAUGUAAAAAAAUCACAAUGCACAAAAUUUUAUUAGCUUUUGAAAUAGGUUUAAUUUGCUUUAUGCAAGAUGAUAUUUCAUAUGUUUUCUAUUGAUUUUCUGUUGAAAUACAACCCAGUCAUGUUCUUGACAAGUUUUGUGAGAUUCACCUCCAUAUAGUCCAUGUUAAUUGCUCAAUCAGAGAUGUCAGAGAUUAGCAUGUUGUUUUAUUGCUGAUACAUGUUCUGCAGAUGUCAUUCUGUACCGUCCCACGGGGAACGCUCGCAGUGCAGUGUGCUUAGAGCAUUAACAAAGAUUAGAGUGAAUUAUAUAUGGGUAAUUAUUUUGGGGAUAUUUUUUUGACUCCAGUCUAAAAACAGUGAUGACAAUCAGUAAUUUGAGUACAAUGUCAGUGUCUUAUUGGAUGGUUUGAUGGCAUUAAAGGUGUUUUGUCUUAAAUACCCUCCCACAUGACAGUGCAGGUUGCAAUUCGUCAUGGUACAUUUAUAAAAUCCUUCAAAUUAAGUGGUAUUAAAAUUUGCUCACAAACGUGUCAAACUGUGACAACCUGAUGAUGCUUCCAGCAUCAACAUGGACGCUGUUUGAAAUUUAAAUGUUUAUGUUAGGUUUACAGUAACAUGCGUUUUAAAAUGGGCACUUUGACUUUUAAUUCAGUUUAUUUAAGAGAGGGUUUAUAAUGAUUUGUGUAUUUCAUUUAAACAAGAAAGCACAAAUAAGAUUUACAUUUUUCGUUUAUUUGAUCUUUUCUCACGAAAUUGUACAAUAACAGUGGUAACUAGAAGUAUGAAAUUUAGGAAGCAUUUCAUUAAAGAAAUUACCGUAAACAUCCAUAUAGAAUUUCCAGGGAACUAAAAAAAAAGAGAGCACUGUUUACAAUCCCUCCCUUCCCCUAAAUCUUCUACAAUGUUGUUUGUAGGUCUAAAGGCUGUUUGUUUUGUAAUCUUUCUACCUGUUGACUUUCUAUGCCGUUGUUUCUGUACGUGUGUUAUGUUGUUUAAUGCAUGUCGUACCUCUGAAGCUGUAACUUGUUCUGUAUGUGACAAAAAGCCAAUUCCUUGUCUUAUUAAUAGGAAAAAGAGCCAAAAAUGUGUCAAAAUGUCCUGAAAUCUUUGCAGUAUGAAGAAGAGUUAUCCCCCCUCCCCCCUUGGUUGGCUGGAAAUCAAAUAAAUGAUACAGAUUAUUAAUUUUA